ACUAACUACAAGCAAAAGAGAGAGAGCAAUCACUGAUCCUUCUUGUUUGCAAAUUACUCUUAGCAUUCAACAGAUUUCAGAAAUGGAGAUUGGCUUAGCAGUUGGUGGUGCAUUUCUCUCUUCAGCUUUGAAUGUUCUCUUUGAUAGGCUUGCUCCUCACGGUGAUCUGCUCAACAUGUUUCGGAAGCGUAAGGAUCAUGUUAAGCUCUUAAAGAAGCUGGAGGACAUUUUGCUUGGUCUUCAGAUUGUGCUAAGUGAUGCAGAGAAUAAGCAAGCAUCAAAUCGACAUGUGAGCCAAUGGCUUAAUAAGCUCCAGAGUGCUGUGGAUGGCGCUGAAAACAUGAUAGAAGAAGUCAAUUAUGAAGCUUUGAGGCUUAAGGUGGAAGGCCAGCAUCAAAAUCUUGCAGAAACAAGCAACAAACAAGUAAGUGACCUCAACCUGUGCUUGACUGAUGAAUUUUUCCUUAACAUAAAGGAGAAGUUGGAAGAAACCAUUGAAACAUUGGAGGUGUUGGAAAAGCAAAUUGGACGCCUUGGCUUAAAGGAACAUUUUGGUUCAACUAAACAAGAAACUAGAACACCUUCAACUUCUUUGGUUGAUGAUUCUGGUAUCUUUGGAAGGCAGAAUGAUAUAGAGAAUUUGGUUGGUCGUUUAUUGUCUAAGGAUACAAAGGGAAAUAAUCUGGCUGUAGUUCCUAUUGUUGGAAUGGGCGGCCUGGGUAAGACAGCACUUGCUAAAGCCGUUUACCAUGAUGAGAGGGUGAAGAACCAUUUUGGUUUGAAAGCUUGGUAUUGUGUUUCUGAGCCAUAUGAUGCUUUGAGAAUAACGGAAGGGUUACUUAAAGAAAUUGGCUCAUUUGACUCAAAGGAUGUCCACAACAAUCUUAAUCAGCUACAAGUCAAAUUGAAGGAAAGCUUAAAGGGAAAGAAGUUUCUUAUUGUUCUGGAUGAUGUGUGGAAUGACAACUACAAUGAGUGGGAUGACUUGAGAAAUGCUUUUGUACAAGGAGAUAUAGGAAGUAAGAUCAUUGUGACGACACGUAAAGAGAGUGUUGCCUUGAUGAUGGGAAAGGAGGAAAUUAGCAUGGACAAUUUGUCAACUGAAGCCUCUUGGUCUUUAUUUAAAAGACAUGCAUUUGAAAACAUGGAUCUUAUGGGACAUCCGGAACUUGAAGAGGUCGGUAAACAAAUUGCAGAUAAGUGCAAAGGACUGCCCUUAGCUCUGAAGACGCUCGCUGGCAUGUUACGCUCCAAAUCAGAGGUUGAAGAGUGGAAACGUAUUUUGAGAUGUGAAAUAUGGGAGCUGCGAGAUAAUGACAUAUUACCAGCGUUGAUGUUGAGCUACAAUGAUCUUCCCGCACAUUUAAAGCGAUGUUUUUCCUAUUGUGCAAUAUUUCCUAAAGAUAAUCCAUUUAGGAAAGAACAAGUUAUUCAUCUGUGGAAUGCUAACGGUCUCGUACCAAAGGACAAUGAGAUAAUUCAAGAUUCAGGCAACCAAUACUUUCUCGAAUUGAGAUCAAGAUCAUUAUUAGAAAAGGUCCCAAAUCCUUCUAAAAGGAACAUAGAGGAAUUAUUCCUAAUGCAUGACCUUGUCAAUGAUUUAGCCCAAAUUGCAUCUUCAAAACUUUGUAUCAGGUUGGAAGAGAGCCAAGGAUCUCAUAUGUUGGAAAAAAGUCGACACUUAUCAUAUUCUAAGGGAUAUGGUGGUGAGUUUGAGAAAUUGACACCCCUCUACAAAUUGGAGCAGCUGAGGACAUUGAUUCCGAUAUGUAUUGAUCGCGUGAUUCAUUUAGACAGUCUAAGCAAGAGGGUGUUGCAUAACAUAUUGCCAAGACUAACAUCCUUAAGGGCAUUAUCAUUGUCUCAUUACGUGAUUAAGGAGUUGCCAAAUGACUUGUUUAUCAAAUUAAAGCUCCUCAGAUUUUUGGACCUUUCUUGGACAGGGAUUGAAAAGUUGCCUAAUUCCAUUUGUGUAUUGUAUCACUUAGAGACACUUCUCUUGUCAUAUUGCACUAAUCUUAAGGAGCUACCGCUGCAGAUGGAGAAGCUGAUCAACUUGCGUCAUCUGGACAUAAGCAACACUUGGUGCUUGGAGACGCCCCUACAUCUGAGCAAGUUGAAAAGCCUCCAAGUGCUAAUGGGAGCCAAGUUUUUUCUCGGUUGUUUGAGAAUGGAAGAUUUGGGUGAAGCACAGAACUUGUAUGGAUCUUUAUCUGUUUUAGAGUUGCAAAAUGUGGUUGAUAGAAGGGAAGCUGUGAAGGCAAAGAUGAGGGAGAAGAAUCAUGUUGACGAGUUAUCUUUGGAGUGGAGUGAAAGUAGUAGUGCCGACAAUUCAAAAACAGAAAGAGACAUACUUGAUGAGCUAUGCCCACAUAAAAACAUAAAAGAAGUCGAAAUCACUGGAUAUAGAGGGACAACAUUUCCAAAUUGGCUAGCUGAUCCUUUGUUUCUUAAUCUGGUGAAAUUGUCUCUUAGCAACUGCAAGGACUGUUAUUCCUUGCCGGCACUAGGACAGCUUCCUUCUUUGAAAUAUCUUAUCAUUAGAGGGAUGCAUGGAAUAACAGAGGUGACAGAAGAAUUCUAUGGCAAUUUGUCCUCCAAAAAGCCUUUUAACUGUCUUGAGAAGCUUGAAUUUGAAGAUAUGCAGGAGUGGAAGCAAUGGCACGUAUUAGGAAAUGGAGAGUUCCCUACACUUGAGAACCUUUCAAUUAGAAAUUGCCCUGAACUCAGUUUGGAGACACCCAUCCAACUUUCAAGUUUAAAAAGGUUUGAAGUUUGGGGUUGUCCAAAGGUUGGAGUUGUUUUUGAUGAUGCUGAGCUGCUUAGAUCCCAAAUUGAGGGAAUGAAGCAGAUUGAGGAAUUACAUAUUAGUAAUUGUAACUCUGUUACCUCCUUUCCUUUUAGCAUACUGCCCACUACCUUGAAAACAAUAUCCAUAUCUUAUUGCCGGAAAUUGAAAUUGGAUCCGCCAGUGGGUGAGAUGAGUAUGUUUCUGGAGGAAUUGAGACUGGCGGGAUAUGAGUGCCACAACCUUACUAGGUUUUUGAUUCCUACUGUGACUGAAAGACUCCAUAUUCAGAAUUGUGAGAAUGUUGAAAAACUAUCGGUGGCAUGUGGGGGGACCCAGAUGACGUCACUGAUUAUUGUUGGCUGUAAGAAGCUGAAGUGUCUGCCAGAACAUAUGCAGGAACUCCUUCCAUCUCUUAAGAAACUGAAUCUGGAUAAUUGUCCAGAAAUAGAGUCCUUUCCUGAAGGAGGAUUGCCCUUCAAUUUACAACAACUUCAUAUCGGCAAGUGCAAGAAACUGGUGAACGGCCGAAAGGAGUGGCGUUUACAGAGACUUCCCUAUCUCAGAGAGUUAGAGAUCUCUCAUGAUGGCAGUGAUGAAGAGAUUCUUGGUGCUGAGAACUGGGAGUUGCCUUCCUCUAUUCAAACACUUAGAAUAUGGAAUCUGAAAACAUUAAGCAGCCAACAUCUCAAAAGCCUCACCUCUCUUCAACUUCUACAUAUUGAGGGUAAUUUACAUCAAAUUCAGUCAAUGCUGGAACAAGGCCAGUUUUUGCACCUCACUUCGCUUCAAAGUCUACAAAUCUGGAAUUUACCUAAUCUCCAAUCACUUCCUGAAUCAGCACUGCCCUCCUCCCUCUCUCAGCUGACCAUCUAUAAUUGCCCUAAUCUCCAAUCACUUCCUGAAUCAGCACUGCCCUCCUCCCUCUCUCAGCUGUGGAUCUCCCAUUGCCCUAAUCUCCAUUCUCUUCCAUUAAAAGGGAUGCCAUCUUCCCUCUCUAAACUAUAUAUUUCAGAAUGUCCAUUGCUCACACCACUACUAGAAUUUGACAAGGGGGAAUACUGGCCAAAUAUUGCUCAAAUUCCCACCAUAAAGAUCGAUGGUGAAUCCCAGUAA